AUGGGGGCUGCUGUGUCUCGCGCAAUCAGGAAUUUCAACCUAGAGAACCGGGCGGAACGGGAAAUCAGCAAAAUGAAGCCCUCUCCCGCUCCCAGGCACCCCUCCACUAAGAGCCUGCUGCGAGAGCAGUUGAGCCACCAUCCAGAAAUUAAGGGCGAAGUUGCUAGAAAAGAUGACAAACUGCUGUCCUUCCUAAGAGAUGUGUAUGUUGAUUCCAAAGAUCCUGUGUCUUCUGUGAAGGUAACAGAUGCUGGAAAACGUCAAGAGCCAAAGGAGUUCAGAUUGGUAAAAGGCCAAGACUUUAACAUGAUGAGUAUUAAGAACAUUCCCAAAGGCAAAAUUUCCAUUGUAGAGGCAUUGACACUUCUCAAUAAUCAUAAACUUUAUCCAGAAACGUGGACUGCUGAGAAAAUAGCAGAAGAAUACUGUCUAGAACAGAAAGAUGUAAAAUCCCUUCUCAAAUAUUUUGUUACUUUUGAAGUCAAAAUCAUCCCUCCUGAAGACAAGAAAGCAAUACCAUCAAAAUGA